AAACAAAAAGUCAUAAAAGCUCUUCUCUUCCACGUUCCAAUCUAAGCUCAUUCUCCCUCUUCCUUUGCUUUCCAAAGCACCCUUAUCUAUAUGGAGGGUCCAAUUCCAGUUUCACCAACCAUCGCACGCCACGUGAUGGCUGUGCCAUACCCAGGUCGAGGCCACGUCAACCCCAUGAUGAACCUCUGCAAGCUGCUCGUGUCCAAGAACCCCAACAUCCUCGUAACCUUCGUGGUCACCGAGGAAUGGCUUGGCUUUGUUGGCUCCGAUCCCAAACCCGACAACAUCAAAUUCGCCUCAAUCCCCAACGUUAUUCCCUCCGAACAUAAUCGAGCCAACGACUUCGUCAACUUCCUUCAAGCCGUUAUGACAAAGAUGGAAGCCCCUUUUGAUCACCUACUCCAUCGCCUUGAUCUGCCUCCAACAAUGAUAAUAUACGACACUUACCUCUUCUGGGUGGUUCGCGUUGCCAACCGCCGGAGCAUUCCCGUUGCGUCGUUUUUUCCUAUGUCGGCGUCGUUUUUCUCCUUGCUUACACACUACCGUCUUCUGGACCAAAACGGUCACUAUCCCGUAAACGUGUCAGAGGGUGAGAAACGUGUGGAUUACAUUCCGGGGAACACGUCAAUUCGUCUGGCAGAUUUUCCAAAUAACGAUGGAAGCUGGCAGAGCCGCAAAUUGUUGCAAAUGUCCUUGGAUAUUAUACCAUGGGUGCAUAAAGCGCAAUAUCUGUUAUUUUCUUCAGUAUAUGAGCUUGAGCCUAAAGCCAUUGAUGCUUUGAAAGCAGAGUUCUCUAUACCCAUUUACACUAUUGCCCCUGUCAUUCCUUAUUGUGGUAAUGGCCAAAUUGAUGGCUCUCUCAGCACCAACCAUGCUGACCUUGGCUACUUUCAGUGGCUUGACAACCAACCCUCUGGCUCGGUGCUAUACAUCUCACAAGGGAGCUUUCUUUCGGUUUCAAGUGAACAAAUAGAUGAGAUCGCGGCUGGUUUGCGCGACAGUGGUGUUCGGUUCUUGUGGAUAGCGCGCUUGGAGACUUCUAGGUUGAAAGAGUUAUGUGGGGAUAGCGGACUAGUUUUGCCAUGGUGUGAUCAAUUGAGGGUGUUGCAGCAUCCUGCUAUAGGGGGGUUUUGGUCUCAUUGUGGGUGGAAUUCCACUAAGGAAGGUAUUUUCAGUGCUGUUCCUUUCCUUACCUCUCCAAUUUUAAUGGACCAACCCCUUAAUAGUAAGUACAUAGUCGAGGAUUGGAAGAUUGGGUGGAGGGUGAACGAAGAGGUUCAACAGAACACUUUGAUUAAAAGAGAUGAAAUUGCUAGCCUUGUUAAAAAGUUUAUGGAUUUAGGUAGUGAUGAAGCAAGAGAUAUGAGGAAAAGAGCCAGAGAGCUUCAGCAGCUAUGUCGGAAUGCAAGUGCCAGUGGUGGAUCAUCAGAAACUAAUAUGAAUGCCUUUCUUGGGCAUAUAUUACACGUUGCAAAGCCAUAGAGUAAGAUGUAUGGUCUCGUUUUAAUGCUCUAGUAUCUUUUAGUAUCUUUCAAAAGUGUAGGAUCCGUUAUCAAAUCUCCUGAUCAUAAAAAUUCAUGAUUCAUGAUGUGUUAGCUUCAUGAUGUGAUAAAAUAAACUGUCAUAUUGUUGGACGUUGGAAGAUUUUGUUGCGUUAAUAAAGAAGGGGAACCCUUACAUGUGUUACAUGGUACAUUAGUAAAGGGUUCCUGACCUUCAUGCUAGUUUUGAAUUUUACUGCAUGUGUUGUCUGUCUUUUUUUAUAUGUGUAUUGUUAAAGCUAAUUUUCUUAAAUAGUCGGAGAUCUUGAGCAAUCUAGAUCUG